CUAAUAAUAUAAGUUUUGAGAUAAACGCCCACGUGGGCCAGCUUUGAGGACAGCGCAAGGAUGAAGAGUUCACUGGUACUGCUACUAGCAGCCUUCGUUUGUCAUGCCCUUGCUGAUGCUACUUACGUUCUUCGAACCUACCACCGCCCUCGUCUAGCAUAUAAUGUUGUACAAAAUGGUCCAAGACCGUACCCGGCACACUCCUUCGUUUGGGUACAACAGGGCUACACUUGCCGGCAAUGGCCUUUUUACCGUUCCCAGGACGACGGCAAGCCGUGCCUUAUUUUCAACAAACAGCGAGGCUUUUGCAAGGCCGGCCAAUGCGUUGGAAGAUCGUGGAACCCCUUUCCUGCUGUGCCGUCACCUAGGAUACAUCCGGGAGGCUCAGGCACAAUUUACACAUACGUCCUGGUGACCCCAAAGUACCCAAGACCAAUGCCCAAUGGUGGAGGGCGCUCACCUUCCUCGACAUCGCCCGAGCCGGCACCAGCGCCAGUAACCCAACCAAUGCCGGAAACAGAGUCAGAAUCAGAAGAUCGGCCCGCGACAGAGCCCCCUCUUGAUCCUCGAAGAGUUGGUCGACGUUUAUUAGAACCAUAGUAAAGUGACGUCCAUACAUCUCUUU